CUGAUCUGAUCGGAGGCUGUCGGAACUGAGCCGAGCAGAGCCGAGCUGACGGCAUCAGGUCGACAGCAGGAAACCCGAGCAGCACCAGGCGAUAAAUAGGAGGAUUAUUUCCCGCUUUAAUUGCUCCGAACACGGUUAAACACACCGCAGGGAUGACGGCUCUGAGCAGCUGGGAGCUGUGCGUAAAGUACGCGCUCUUCAUCUUCAACUUCGUCUUCUGGCUGGCAGGAACCGCGGUGCUGGCCGUGGGACUCUGGCUGCGCUUUGACUCCAGGACGGCAGGACUGUUUGAGGGGGAGGAGUCGCCCUCGGUCUUCUUUACAGGUGUGUACAUCCUGAUUGCGGCGGGGGCUCUGAUGAUGGUCGUGGGCUUCCUGGGAUGCUGCGGAGCCAUCAAAGAGUCACCGUGCAUGCUGGGACUGUUCUUCCUCUUCCUGCUCCUCAUCUUUGCCGCAGAAGUGGCUGCUGGGAUCUGGGGUCUUUCCAACAGCGACCGGGUGGUGGAGGACAUUACAGAGUUUUACAAGCAGACCUACGCCAACUACAAGGACACCAAACAACCGGCACUGAAGGAGACGCUCCGCCUCAUCCACUUUGGACUGGACUGCUGCGGUCCUACAGGAACGGUGUUUGAUGCCGCUAAAGAUAUCUGCCCCAAGCAGGAGGGACUGGAGAUCCUCGUCACCAAGAGCUGUCCGGCUGCUAUUGACGAGGUGUUCAACAACAAGCUGCACAUCAUCGGUGGAGUCGGCAUCGGCAUUGGAGUUAUCAUGAUCUUCGGGAUGAUCUUCAGCAUGAUGCUCUGCUGUGCCAUUAAGAGGUCCAGGGACUUUGUGUAAAAACCCAUAAAACUCUGUCCACCUUUAACGCUGUUGCUGCUUUAAACCAUUUAAGUAAGAAUAACAUCCAUCCGUCCGUGCGCUGCUUGGGUCUGUACAGGAUGGCCUCGUCGACCUGUGAGAGUAUGGAACCUUUGCAAUGAUGCCUCUAACUUAUCCACUCUGUAGGGUCUGCGGGGAGGCUGUAUUUAUAAAUGGAGUAAACUGAAUAAAAGUAGUGCUUAGUUUUUUUUUCUUUUUUUUUCCUCCAAUCUUUUAAAUCAAAGUCCUGCUUUUUGUAACGGGACAGACUGAUCAUCCACUGAACUGAGACAUUUACAACUCUGCUGCCCUCUGGUGGACAUCCCCACUUUCUUUUAAAUAUUUUCACUUUAAGUUGCGUUUUCACAAAAUGUGCUAAAAGUUUGCGCUAACGGAGCUUUUGCAGCUAACUGAAUGUUAAUGACCCAUGUUUUACUUUAAAGCUGCAUGUUAGAAGUUUUAUUUAUUUUAAGUUUUAUGCAAAUGAUUUAAUGAAUGCAGUUAAUAUAUCUUUAAGAUGUCAAAUAAAACAAUGUCUUAAAUGGA